UGGUCAUCUGUGGUCUCUGCCGACUGCCGGAGAUCCAGGGGGAGGGGAAGGGGAUACAGUGCGCACGGGAAAAUGCCAGGCCCCGGUCCUCACAUGAUGUACACGCUGGGUUCGGGAGUGGGACUGAUGAGCGUAUCCAAUGGACGGUUCAGCCCUCACCACUGCAUCGUUUACGCCAUUAAUGCGUUCUUGGGUCCGGACCUGGGUUCGUUCUCCGAGUGGAUCAGUUCCACCCUCGGCGUAGGCCAGAAAUUGGGCUCUCUGAUUAUGGACGCAAUCCACCACCCCUUCUACUACAUCUUAAUCCUAGGUCUUCCCUUGUCUUUGUUGUACAGUUGGCUCUCCAGGGUUUUUCUCCAGAAGGGCUUCCUCGAUUCUUUUUCAGGAGUUCCUCUUAAUAAAAGGCAAUGUUUGCUGUUACUCUCUGCAGGUUCUUUAUCGCACUUUUUCUUAGAUCACUUGUUUGAGGAAAAUGGUCAUUCUUCAACAUAUUCUUGGAUAUUGAGCACCGGUUGGUGGAAAAGCCGAGCUGCUGUCAAUCCUGAUGCUGUUAUUGUGGUGGGGUUCUUGUGCACCUUCCUGAUUGGGGGAUUCAUUUACAUAAACAGAGUAAAGCCAACAAAGCCCAUUAGAGCGCAGUCUAGUUCUAGUGGAUCAGUUAAACUUCUUCUAACCAUAGCUAGCCUAUACUGCCUCUGGUGUGCAAGUCAGAUAUACUGGAGAAAUCCUCCUCAACCAGCAGUUGGUGAAGAAUCUGACCUCGGGGUUCUUGUGUUCCUUGCUAUUUAUUUCUUUCUACCGCACAGUCUCUGUAUCAUGUCGAUGAACGCAAUAGAACAUCUCCCUGUUUAACAUUUUUAGCAGUCUAGGAUGAGGAAUGAAACUUCCCUCCGAUGACAGUCUGAAAUAAACAUUUAUUAGAUCUUUUUCAGACCCCAGCCUCCGCUGGAGGCAUCUCCCAUGUAAACAGCAAUUUUGAUAUGCAAGAGAUCCAUCAUUUCUAUAACAAGUAAUUUAAACAUCAGUGGAGAAAAUGUAUGGUUGCAUUAUCUAUUCAAUUGUCUGUAA